ACGCUGUUCAGCUUUCACCAACAACGGUGUCUUUCUAAGCGAGUGCGCCGCACACUGCAGCCAUUUCUCCCGGCGGUCUCUCACCCGGUUAUUCACCGUUGUCUGAGAGAAACAUCCCCUCACCGUAACACACACGUAGGGGCAACAACAAGUCAGACCCUCCCCCCCUCCUUCUUCUUCUUCUUCUUCUUCCUCCUCCUCCUCCUCCUCGUCGUCUUCUCGGCUGGCUCCCUCGCCAGCUGAACCUCGUCGGGAUGGACCCAGCAAGCCGAUACCAAGUGUUGCACAAUGAGGACGACUCUUCGGAGGCCUCUACCAGCGAGCAGCAGCCGUGCACUUCUGCCACAGCCCAGGCCGGCACGUCCAGCCAGGACCAGAGUCAGGCCCAGGCCAGCCCGGCGCCUGCAGCAGCAGCAGCAGCGGUAGGAGGGGCAGAGGCAUCGGGAUCGAGGACUCAGGGGGAGGCGGAGGCACCUCCACCUCCUUACGCCUCCAUCGACCUGGGAGCAACCGCUGCAGCACCCGAGACCAGUUUCAGAAGUGACUUUCCAGUGCCACCGCCCUACAGCGUCGCCACCUCGCUGCCCACGUAUGAUGAAGCGGAGAAGGCCAAAGCGGCCGCCAUGGCUACAUCCACCGUGGAGGUGAUGCCACGGGAUGAUGAAUUCCCUCCCAGGGACGAUUUCAGUGAUGCUGAUCAGCUUCGGGUUGGGAACGAUGGAAUCUUCAUGCUGGCCUUUUUCAUGGCCUUCCUGUUCAACUGGAUCGGGUUCUGCCUGUCCUUCUGUCUGACCAAUACCAUCGCAGGACGCUACGGAGCCAUCUGCGGCUUCGGCCUUUCCCUCAUCAAGUGGAUUCUUAUCGUCAGAUUCUCCGACUACUUCACCGGCUACUUCAACGGUCAGUACUGGCUCUGGUGGAUCUUCCUGCUGCUCGGCCUGCUGCUGUUCUUCAGGGGUUUUGUCAACUACCUAAAAGUCCGCAACAUGUCGGAGAACAUGGCCACCUCCCACAGAACACGCCUCUUCUUCCUCUACUAAGAUGACAAAGAAAAAAAAAGGUUUCCACACCGUCACCAUUCCUUUCCAAUGUGAAGUUCCUUCCCUCCUCCCCCCACCCCCCCUCGAAUGAUCUGAACGAGGAGCCUUGCAGAGAAGAGAGGAGACGGGGAAGGAAUGAAGGAAUGAAGGAAAGAAGUAGGGAGGAAAGUGUUACCGGUCUCAUUAAAAGCAUAACGCGGCUCACUCUUAAAGCCUCUACUUCUGAACCGAGGCGAAAAAACGGAAGAAAAGUCUUUUCAGAUCUCUCCCCCCCUCGCUUUGUCCCCCGUUUUUUGUUUUUCAUUUCCCUUUGAUUCAAAGCUCUUUACUGCUCCGGGAUCGUGUGAGGAAAACCGGUCCCCGCGUACGCGUCAUGUCGCUCAAAAGUGGGAGUGCUUUUGAGAUGCAUGACCCCAGUUACCUGAGGCAAAAUUCAGCAGAUGCUCGGCAUGAAGAGGGCUGCACGAAAAUGAGGUAUCAAACUUUUUUUUUUUUUUUUAAGAGUCGCGGAAACACUAAAUGAAAGCACAAUGAAACUAUUUUAGCGAAACGAUGUCUUAAAUGCAGAAAACACACAAAGAAACUAUGUUACUGUAGUUCAUUCGCUGUGACAUUGCUCUCCCGGUGUAAACAAACAGACAGCCGUCUUAUCAAGCUUAAGGUUUGAGUGAGACAACAUGUCUAUAAAGUAGCAUUUGGAAUUCUAAAAUAGAAAAUGCGUAGGAAGCGGAAGCCUAUCCGGAGCCUUUCAUAUUCAGAUUUCCCCUCCGACGUUUGCGACAAAGAUAAGGAUUUCACACCGAGUGCAGCCCGUUCCCAGCUCCUUUGCCUUUCACUCUGACCCAGCACACAUCUCUGAACCGUUUUGGCCCCAGUUUUGCUGCCAUUCCAACUUCUUAACUUCAGGGUGUUUUGAACAAGUCUUACCUUAACCGCAAUGUAGCAAAUUCCAUCUACGGACAUCUCAGCCUCUCCGCAACUAAAUAAAAAAAAGUAGAAAGUGAGGCGAGAUGGAAGAUAUUUUUCGUCUUAAAAAAGGUACUGAAAUGUGCACGUGUGAGGAAAAAGAAUAUGCAUUGAACAGUUUACAUAUCACAGACCCUGACGCAACUUCAGACUCCGGUUGACGUUUUGCUUUAUUGCGACCACACAGAAUACGGCACAGGAGUAAAAACUAAACUCUUUUUAAAAGUCUCACUCUUUAAGACAAUCAGUUCAAUUAAGCCCCGACCGCCGGACCUUUUAUUUUUUUUCCUAUAAUCUUUGAGCCACUGAACAAAUGCUUCGAAUAACAAACAGGAAGCAUUUACAAAAAUAGUUCUAGAUGAAGGAAAUGGCCGGGCAGUCAAUGAAAUGUGCGUCCUUUACAAAAAAAAUAAGUAAAUGUACCCAAAUAAAUCUCCAGAAGUUGCUUUUUCCCCUCCCUCUCUUUGCCUUUUAAUAACAAUAAUGCCGACCUGACCUAUGCAGCAAAAAUGUCCAUCCAUUUUGACAUUUUUGAAUCAAAGCAAAAUGAGAAGAAUGUUUCAUAUAUGCCUGCCUGAAUACCAAAAAACCAAAAUCUGUUCUCAUGAUCUCUUUUUUUUGACCCCCUUCUUCUCCGACUCCACACUGACCAACAAAUACGUCAUAAAGCAGUACCUGUAAGCUACCGAGGAGCUAGUCAGCGGGAGGCUCUUCGCAUUUUAAAACUCAGUGUUUUGUGUUUUUUAAGGCCACGUGGGCUGCUCCGGUCCGACCGGUGAAAAGUGGACCCAAACGCAGAGCAGCGCGGGAGGUCAGCCUCGUGUGCGUCUCCUGCUUCGGUGCUGUGGGAGCGGAGCUGAUAAUUAGCAUUUUACAUAACUGUUAACGUGCCAGGCUCGAGUCAAACUCUUUGGAAUAAAAAGUAUGCAAUUUAGUUAUUUGUAAUAACCUACAGUAAUUGUGGAUGUAAAGUCCUGUGAUUAUGGAAUAGGUGUAGUUGAGUAGUUUUAGUCGUCCGACAUUGAGCUCAGAUUUGGUCCAGAGUGUAGCGGCUGCACAGAGGGAUCACAAUAUAGAGUGAAAAGUUAAGUGCGUGUGCGCGCUGUACACAUUUGCCAACUAGAUGAUUUUAACUACCAAGUAAAUCAGAGGGGAGCGCAAUAAAACCCAUUUAAAAUGUGACCUGUUGUGCAUGUUGUGCAUGAUUUUAGAGAAACCCAAACAACGUGGAUCUCUCUCUGGGAUUUUCUGAUUUAGAUUAGACUCGAAUUUUUCUUCUGUUUUCUUUUCACGGAGCGAACCAGAAGCUUUUGGCGACGGCUCCUGUUGGGAAAAAGGUGUGGAGAAACCCCCGCCACCCCCCUAAACCCCUCUUUGGUGAAUUCUUUUUGUUAUGCGACCACCUGAGAACGAUAUGUUGUCAUUUCUCGCGAGCGAUGCAGUCCAGGGGAAACAGUCCAGCGUGAAUGAGUAGUCUGCGCGCCGUGAAAACCGAAGACCGGACUGGACAAAGAAAAACAUGCUUUUUUUGAUUCAUCCAGAAAAUGAAGUGUAUAUACCAGCUUAUGCCAAUCCAUGAUAUUUGCACUUUGAAGAACUGUACAGUAUGAUUUGUGAAUCUGCUUAACUUGGUGUGGUGGGUAGAGGAAAAAAAAAAAAAAAAAAAAAUCAUAGCCAUCCAAGUUUUUAAACUGGAAUUCUUAAUCAUCCCAAAUGGAUAAUUUGCCUUUUGCACUUUUUAUUUUUCAAUGAUAAUAUUGUUGUGUGUCUUGUUUCAUCGCUUUUAGCCUAAACUGUGACAGCUUAAGUAUAGCCCGACUUUAUUUUUUUUUUUUUUUAUUCUUUUCUCCAUUUUUAUUUUAUUUUUUUUGUUGUGACUCUGGUCAUAUCCCACUUAAAGCCUCCUUCAGCAAUAUCAAGAUCUUUCAACCAAUUAAAAGCUCUGCUGCAUGAUCUAUCCACCCGAACGAGUGGGGUUAAUAUUAGGAUUAAUCUAGUACAAAUACAUUUCUUUGUUUGUAAAUAAAUGAAGAAAAAAAAAAUGAGACGGCAGCCAUAUGUACUAUUUUUUUGUGUCCAAGAUAACCCUUGUAACAUCUUGUGAAACAGUUGUUAAUGCAUUUAUUGUAACUGGAAUUUUAAAAAUUGACAGAUGAUGUCUUGCAAAAAUGCCAAUAAAGUUCAAAAGCCUGCCAGUGA